AUGCAACGUACCCCCCUCCCCACCAUCAUAAUCUGCCACGGCAGCUACCACACUCCCACCCCCUACACCCCCUUUCUCAACCACCUCACCUCCCAAGGCUACGAGGUCCACUGCCCGCAACGCCCAACCAGCGACCUCACCCAACUCAACGUCGGCGACACGGGCAACCCGGACUUCGACCGCCCCCCACCGCCAACCGGCUACCCAAGCGACGCAGCCGACGUCGCCGUCAUCCAGACCCUCCUCGACCGACUCAUUGUCCAAGAGAACAAACAAGUCUUGCUCGUCGCGCACUCCUCCGGCGGGUGGGUCGCCACGCAGGCCGCCACCCCAAAGUACCACCCACGACCAUCCCCAUCCACCAAGACAUCCGCCGGCAUCCUCGGAAUCUUCUACUACGGGGCCUUCCUCGUCCCCGUCGGCGAAUCCGUAACAAGCUACUUCCAGCCCGAGGACGGAAGUUUCGUCGUCCCGCCUUUUUGUAAAGCUCACACACGCGGCCCUAAAGGUCUGCUCAGCACCGUCAAUGCCGCCACGUACAUGUUCGGCCAGCUGCCGCGCGAGGAGGGGCAGAAGUGGGCGGCCUCGCUCACGGCGGCGCCGAUCAUGACGGGGGUGUUGACGAACGAUGCGUACGCCGCGCUGCCGUGCGGGUAUCUGGUGCUGGAAGAGGAUCGGUCUCUGGCGGCGGCGUAUCAGGAGGGGAUGGUGCAGGCGCUGAAUGCGCGGUUGCGCGGGGAGGGGAGGGGUGAGGUGGUGGUGUAUCGGGCGGGGACGGAUCAUUCGCCGCAUUUGAGUUGGAUCGACGGGCUGGUUGACAUUAUUGGGGGGUUUGUGGGGGGGUUGGAUAGGUAA